AACAAAUAAAAUAGCGAUCCUCUUCUUAAAAUCUCAUUAGCCACCCCCCAGUUUAAAAUUAUACUUCUUUGGCCAAUGCKGCGUAAUUCAUAUUUUGGCGAAAAAAAAUUAUGAUUCGCAGGCUACAAUAGCUUACAGUAAAACGUUCAAGAUGUCCUACUGUUUUUGAAAUAAUACAAUACUGAUAUCUGUCUGAGUUUCUUUAUUAAAAUUGUCAUACUUCUAUGRUCGGUCAUAUGGUGUUGGUGGAUUGCCGAUAUAAUAACGUUGCUGCUGACUAUUCGUUUUCAGUUUCAAAUCGUUUAUCGCAAAGAUUGCAAAGAUAUACCUAGAAGCAAUGAUGUUUUUSAGAAUAUUCUUGUCAACUCAAAGAUUUAAAGUUAUUGCCGUUAGUUUUGCCUUUGCUCAAUGUUUCUACUUGACCGACGGAAAACGUUGCAAAUCUGCCAACUUCAAAAGACACGCUCAAAYUAUGAUAAAGGGARCUGAGAUUAUCGCGACAACUAAAGUUGAAGAUGCUUUAGAAUGUAUGUUUUUCUGUCUUCGCGAAUUCCGGUGUCUCUCAGCCAACCUUGAGARAAAGCCAAAUGGCGCUGGAGCGCGCUUUUGUCACAUCUACGGCACCCUGUUGGGCACCAAUGGAGCCAUACUUGUGCCGUCAGACCAAUAUGACUUUUAUGAUUCCAUGACUGUUCCAGUCUCCUGUUCUCACGCCAAGUCUUUAGGUUACCAUGACAGCAAGUUUUACGUCAUUGAUCCUGACGGYCCCCAUGGCGACGUCCUGCCAUUUCAUGUGUAUUGUAACAUGAGCAGUCACAAUGGUAUUGGCGUUACAGUUGUCAGUCACAAUAGUGAAUACCGUACGAGAGUGUCUGGUUGUGAGGCUAAUGGRUGCUACAGACGUGAUGUAGUGUAUGAUGGUAUAUCUGAUGUCAAUCAACUGCGUGCAUUGACUGCGAUCUCUUCGGGCUGCGAGCAGUUUGUCAAAUAUGAGUGCUUCAAUUCACCGUUUUGGAUUCAUAGCRACUCACCAGUUGGAUGGCCUGUAUCACGUGAUGACCGUCMAAUGAAGUACUGGGGUGGUGCGUUGCGUGACAGUGGUAAAUGUGGAUGUAGCGUGACGAAUAGCUGUGUMAAGGGGAAAGACUGCAACUGUGACGCAAAUGAUGAAAACUGGCGUGAAGACUCAGGAUUGUUUACAUAUAAAGAAGAUCUCCCYAUAGUAUCACUAAGGUUUGGAGAUGUCAGUUCCAAUGACAAUGAAGAGGGUUAUCACACACUGGGAAAGUUAGAAUGCUUCGGAURGGCUGCCUGAGAUCUGUUUUCAUUCAGGCUGGCUGUGGCUGAACGCCUUCAUUUUUCCGAUUUGAAUUCACUCAAAACAAAAUUUAAUAACCCUGAAAUGAUAUAAACUGUAUUAUUACAGUAUAUUAAAGGAUUUAAAACGAUUCUAAAUGCAAAAGUAUGAUAAAUUUGAAUUAYAGAAGAAAGGAAAAAUAAAUAAAAAAAUAAAAAAAUAAAGAUUCGAACCCUUGACCGCCUAAAAUAACAUGCAUCAAGUCGUCAAAGUGGCGAAUCAUCCCUUUUUCGCAUGGAUUAAGGAUUGAUAUUAAAGAUAGUAAUUU